AUGACCAACGACGUCCCGAUUGCCAUUGUUGGCCUUUCAUACCGCGCCCCUGGCGUUGGGAGAAAAGGACUAUGGGACUACCUGGCAGAAGCAAAGUCCGCAUGGACUGAGAUGCCCGCUGAGAGAUUCGACCACAAGGCAUACCACAACCCGGGCGCAGAGCGAAGUGGCAGCUUUCGAUCACAGGGUGCGCAUUUCCUUCCCGAUGACAUUUACGGCUUCGAUGCCAGUUUCUUCAACAUGAGAGCCGAGGAAGCUCGGAACUCUGACCCCCAGCAUCGAAUGAUGCUGGAAUGUGCCUUAGAAGCGGCCGAAAAUGCCGGGCACAGCCUCAUCGAUCUGGCGGGCAAGAAGAUCGGUGUCUUCGUCGGCUGUGGAUCUCAAGAAUAUGCGCACCGUACCUCCGAAGACCUCUAUUCAACAUCAACUUUCUCGGCCACUGGCGUCGCCUCAUGCAUGUUUGCCAAUCGUCUUUCUUACUUUUUCGAUGUCAAUGGCCCUAGCGUUGCUAUUGAUACAGCGUGCGCAAGCAGUGCCUAUGCAGCUCAUCAGGCCUGUCAGGCGCUUAGGAAUGGAGACUGCACUGCUGCUUUUGUGGGAUCAGCAGCGCUAUGUCUCAGUCCUAGUCUAUGGAUCACAUUAGAGAAGAUGGGAGCUCUAUCGCCCGAUGGUCGCAGUUACUCAUAUGACCACAAAGCCGCUGGGUUCGGUCGUGGUGAGGGUGCUGCAUGCUUGCUGGUAAAGCGCUUGGAUGAUGCCAUCAGCAAUGGUGAUCCCAUCCAUGCCGUCAUUCGCAGUUCUGCCUGCAACCACUCCGGUCGUUCGGAAGGUAUCACCAUGCCUAGCCGGUCAGCCCAAGAGAGGCUUUUGCGUGAGGUUCAUGCAGCUGUUGGCUUGGAUCCCUCUCAGACACCUGUUGUUGAGGGUCACGGAACUGGAACGCAAGCCGGUGACCCUAUUGAGGCUGGUUCCUUCGCGUCCGUAUUAGCCAAGGACCGAACUGCCUCCAAUCCGCUGUACAUUGGAUCCAUCAAGUCAAACUUCGGACACUUGGAAGGCGCGAGUGGAAUUCUUGCCAUUGUUAAAGCAAUUCUUAUGAUCAAGAAAGGGAUCAUUUUGCCCACAGCUGGCUUCGAGAAGAUGAAUGUCAAGAUCGAGGGACGAGACCGGUUGAAGGUUGCCCAAGCUCCGGUUCCCUGGCCCGAGAACGAGCCAAGACGAGUGAUCGUGACGAACUUUGGUUUCGGCGGAAGUAACUCUGCAGUCAUUCUCGAGGCAGCUCCCUCGAGCUCCAAGCUUGCUAACGGCACCAACGGUGUUGCAAACGGCAUCAAUGGCACGAACGGCGUUGAAGCCAAUGGUGCCAAUGGACAUGGCAGCCUGAUCGAUGCGGCAAACGGCACCAAUGGCGUUUCUGCUCCGGACUCCCUAUCACAGCGACUAUUUGUCCUCUCCGCCAAAACGGAAAAGAGUCUCACAUCGUAUCUGCAAUCCUUCCAGGAGUACCUGGAAACAGCCCCCCAGUCAAUUGAAUCCUUGAAAGACCUGAGUUACACUCUGGGCCAGCGCCGCACUCACCACGCAUACCGUGUUGCCGCGACAGCCAAUUCGGUGGAGAGUCUCAAGGAGAAGUUAUCGACAUCCAAGCCAAGCAAAAUUAGGGAUCGGGUUAUUGCCUUCGCCUUUACUGGUCAGGGCGCUCAACACGCUCAGAUGGCCUCCGGACUCCGACAUUACAAGGCCUUCGCAAAUGCCAUUGACCGCGCUGAAGCCCAUCUCCAGGAAAUGGGGGCGACUUGGUCCUUGACUUCAGAGCUGGCCAAGCCAGCCGCCCAGUCGCGAGUUAACGAGGCCGAGAUCAGCCAGCCGGCCUGCACUGCCGUUCAACUGGCUCUGGUGACACUGCUCAAGAGCUGGGGAAUAACUGCCACGACGGUUACCGGUCACUCCAGUGGAGAGAUCGGUGCUGCUUUUGCUGCGGGUCUGGUCUCCUUCCGAGCGGCCAUUGCCAUUGCCUUCUUCCGUGGCCAGGCUGCAGCCCAGCUGGCUCGCGAACAAACCAAGAAGGGGGGUAUGCUGGCGUUGGGUAUUGGUUUCGAAGACGCAUCGAUGCUCAUCGAGCAGCAUGCCGACGGAUACGCUACUGUUGCCGCUAUCAACAGCCCACAGAGCGUGACUGUCUCGGGAGACCAGUCAUCCAUUGAGAAUAUCCACAAGGUCGCAGAUGCACAGGGCAUAUUUGCUCGUCGUCUCAAGAUCGAGGUGGCGUACCAUUCCAAGCACAUGGAGCAAGUAGCGGCUUCCUACCUGGCGACCAUCAAGCCCUACUGCAACGCAGAGGAUUCCGCCGUUUCCGAGGGCGACAACCGUGCACUUUUCGUAUCUUCCGUCACCGGUGGCGUCGUAGACCCAGCUUCUGUGGAUGCUUCCUACUGGGUCAAGAACUUGGUGCAACCCGUUCGGUUUACGGACGCAAUCGAAGCUAUUUUCGCGCCGAAGGGAGAAGAUGGUAAGAAGCUGCCCAACGUUAUUGUCGAAGUCGGUCCGCACGCGGCCCUCAAGAGUCCGAUCAAGCAGACUGUCGACCUCAUCCGCCAGCGCAACGGGCAGCGUCAAACUUCCUUCACCUAUCUGGCCUCGCUAGUGCGCGGUACUCCUGGCGAUGAAGCGCUGCUCGGCCUUGCCGGCAGCAUCUUCACCAUGGGUCCAACCAUUCAACUGGGAUUGAUCAACCAGACUGGUGUUCACAACGCCCAUGUCCUCACAGACCUCCCGGCGUAUGCCUGGGACAAGUCAGUGAAAUAUGAGCACAAGCCUCGCGCAACGCAAGAGAAGAUGUUCCCCGGAGAGCCUUACCACCCACUGCUUGGUCGGAAGGCAGCCUCCAACGGCGGUAGCGAGCGGUCAUACCGUCAGGUCUUCAAUCUUGAUGAGCUCCCGUGGAUUCGCGACCACAAUGUGGCUGGGGUUGUGGUCUUCCCCAUGACUGGAUAUCUGUCGUGUGCUAUUGAAGCAGUCCGAAGAACUGUCUCGACAGAGGCGGCUGCCGUGGUCGUGCGCGAUUUCCAUGCCAUUCGCAGUCUAGAAAUUGAUGAAGAAGAAACGGUCGACAUGACCACGACUCUGCGACCAGCUCCCACAGGCACGGGAACGUUCUCUUCUACAGUCUGGACAUUUGAAAUCUCUACCUGGAAGGAAUCUGAAGGGUGGACAAGACACUGCUAUGGUCGAAUUGAACCCGAGUCCACCGAGAUGACCACCGAAACCCCGACAUUCAAAUCUUCCCUUCCCUUGGUUAAUGUCACUGGUCUCAAAGAGCAUGAUGCGCAAAGAGAGUACGUGACGGCUGGACAGCGCGGUACACGGUAUGGACCGGCCUUCCAAAGCACCGUCAAAUUCCUCGAAGGCAAAGGAUACACUGUCAUCGAAGCGCAACUGCGCGACCUCGAGUCCUCGCUGCCGACGCAGUAUGGAUCUCCCGUUUCUGUCGACCCACCAACCCUGGAUGGUUUCCUACAGGGUGGUGGUCCUCUUCAAGAAGUCGAUGGCAAACGACCCGCGCAGAUGCCCAACUACAUCAGCCGUCUGCGAGUCUCCAACCGCAUCCCCAGUGACCCAAAGCAGAAAUUUACCAUCGUCACUCGUCUCCUGGACUAUGAUGUCAAGGGUGGCCGUAUGUAUAUUGGCGUCGCCGCUUUUGCUCAAAGUCAGAACAGACUCUUGCCUGUAGCUGAAUGGGAAUCGGUGACAUUCCGCUCCAUCCUGUCAGCCGAAGGCGAUGAUCCAGCUGCCCACCUUCCAUCGACCUGGUGCUGGGACUUGGUUCCUAGCUUUGAUUUCAUCCCUCCUGCAGAGCUAUAUGGCAAGUUCUCAGUUGGAGAUUUGACGAAGGAGGAAAACGGACGCCGGCGCUUGUUGAACCACACUGCUGCCUACUUCAUGAAUAAGGCUCUGAAGGAGACAGCGAAUGAUGAUCGGUCCCAGCUUCCGCAUCACCUUUCACGCUUUGUGGGUUGGGCAGCAAGAGCUGUUUCUCGCGAGGUCGCGCGAGAGGGCCUUGACUUGAGUGGCGAUCAUACUGCGCUGAUUGAAGACGUUCGGACCCACGAUGCCCAGGGAGAAUUGCUCUGCGCCAUCGGCGAGCAGCUCGUUCCCAUUCUGCGCGGAGAGGUACAGCCUCUGGAGAUCAUGCUCAAAGAUGGUCUCCUGACGCGUCACUACGAAGCCGACGUAGGAAACGCGCACUUUAGCAAAGUCUUGGGUGAAUGGGUUCUUCACCUGUCCGAUCUCGAGCCGGAUCUCCGCAUUCUGGAAAUCGGCGGUGGUACUGCCGGUACCACGUUACAUGUGCUUGAAGCUCUGUCUCGCGACAGAGAAGUGCCAGCCUUCCUCGACUAUACAUUCACUGAUAUUUCGACUGGGUUCUUCGAGAAUGCGCGCACGAAGCUGGCCGAUUGGAACAACCGCAUCAUUUACAAGAAGUUCGACGUCAGCCAGGACCCUGUGAGCCAGGGAUUUGCGACGCAGGACUAUGAUCUGGUGAUUGCUUCCAAUGUUUUGCACGCAACGCCGAACAUGGUCGAGACGAUGACAAACGUGCGAAGUCUCCUGAAACCUAAAGGCAAGCUUCUUUUGCUAGAGGCUGGCCAGCACCCGCCACCCACGCUUCCUUUCGCUCUGCUACCGGGUUGGUGGUAUGCUGAGGACCACUACCGUGACCACGAGGAAGGUCCUCUUCUGUCAGUGGAUGGUUGGAAGCGUUGUCUCUUGGAUUCCGGCUUCUCUGGAGUUGAUGCUGUUAUCCAGGACUAUCCCGGCAAGCCCGAGCAAAUGCUGAGCGUGAUUUGCUCGCAUCGCGUCGGUAGACAUGCAGAUGACUCCCAUAUCACCGUUUGCGGGCCCUUCCUUGAUGAUGAGGAAGUUGAAUUCGCUCAGCUUGUGGCCGACAAUGUUUCCGAGAGUAUUGGCUGUGCCACCGAAGUCAAACCCCUUGGUGAGGUUGUUCCUGCAGAUGACCCGUACUGCAUUUUCAUCGACUCUCCGCGCCAGAGCCUUCUGGCAAACGUCGACGCAGACACCUUUGAGGUUCUGAAGAACUUCCUCGUGCACAACACUGGGCUGCUGUGGGUGAUCCCUGAAGGCAAUACACCGGAGGCCGAGUUUAUCAAGGGAAUGUUCCGCACUUUCCGUCUGGAGAAUGAGCCCAAGAACUUGCUGUGGUUUGACAAUGUACCUACGACCUCUCAAGGCGCAUCUGCUAUCACCAAACUCGCAGAGAAGUUGCGCGAUCCAGAAGUUGUUGCCAGCGAGGACCAGGAUUAUGUCUGGCACGACGGCUCGAUCCAUCUGCCUCGGAUGCGACAGAUGCAGGGAGGUAAGGAGCAGUUCGCCGGCGAGCAGGGCGUCCCUAUCCGCACAGUGCAGAAUAUUUGGCAGGGCGAAGGGGCUCUGGAGAUGACCAUCGAUGCGGCGGGUAGCCCUGAUUCUCUUUACUUCCGCCGAACGAGUGACCCGACGAAGGAGUUGGGCGCGGAGGAGGUCGUGGUCGAGGUUGAAGCGGCAGGUGUCAGCUCGCGCGAUCUUGACCUCGUCUUGGGCUCAAUUCCUUGGUCUCAUCUGGGCUUUGAUGGAGUUGGUAAGGUUACCAAGACCGGCUCUCGCGUCAAUAAUCUUGUGGAAGGAGACAAGGUGUUCUUCCUUGCCCUUGAUGGCAGUGCCUUUGCCACAUACAAGAAAAUGCCCGCCUGGCAUGCUGCCAAACUCCCAUCCAACAUCAGCAGCACUGACGCGGCGAGCCUGCCACUUGCUUACUCAAUCGCCGUGCUUGCUCUAAUUCGCAUUGCCCGGCUCCGCAAAAAUGAGACUGUUCUCAUUCACUCAGCGGCCGGGGCAGUGGGCCAAGCUUCUGUUGUCCUUGCUAAGCACCUGGGUGCUCGCAUCUUCGCCACCGCCGGUACUCCGGCCAAGAGGGCUUUCCUCCACGAGACAUACGGCAUCCCCAAGGAGCAGAUCUUUUCCAGCCGUACUUCCGAAUUCCGCGAUGGCAUCCUUGUUGCCACGGGAGGAAAGGGAGUCGAUGUGAUUGUGAACUCCCUCAGCGGAGAGCUUCUGCACGAGACCUGGGCCUUGACGGCGAACUUUGGCCGGUUCGUGGAAAUUGGCAAAAAGGACGCCCUUCAGAACACAAACCUGCCAAUGAAGCCCUUCAACCGCAAUGUUACGUUCAGUGGUGUUGACAUCCGAGAGCUCUUCGAGCACCGCCCAGAAGAGCUGAAAGAUACCCUGUCGGAGGUGGUCGACUUGCUUCAACGCAACGUCAUAGUGCCACUUCAGCCUGUUACAGCGCUUCCUAUCUCCCAGUUCGCGACGGCGCUGCGCACUCUCCGAUCCGGUGACAACAUUGGCAAGGUCGUUGUCACCUUUGGCAAGGAGGAACGUGUUCUGGCGGAGAGCUCCCUACAACCAACACACGUGGAGCUCAACCCCAAUGCGACGUAUCUCAUUACCGGAGGUACUCGCGGUAUUGGUCUCUCGCUGGCAUACUGGAUGAUCGAUAACGGUGGCCGCAAUGUGGUCGUCCUCGGUCGCAGCGGCGCCUCUGGGUCUGAGGUCCAAGAGCUCCUGAAGAAAUACGAAGGUACCGAUGUUCAUGUUAGGGCUCUUGCUUGCGAUGUUGGCUCAAAGGAGAGCCUUGAUAGAGUGAUGGACUCAAUCAAGGACCUUCCCCCGGUCCGUGGUGUGGUGCACAGUGCGCUGCUGUUGAGUGACAAACUGCUUGAGAACGCCGCAUAUGAGGACUGGCGCACCAUUACCCAGCCUCGAAUCCAAGGUGCAUGGAACUUGGAUGCGCUGUUCCCAGAUCUCGACUUCUUUAUUGCUCUGUCUUCGUUCCUGGGAGACACCGGCAACGUCGGACAAAGUAUCUACGGCGGUACAUCAACCUUCUAUGACGCCUUCACGAAGCUCCGCAAUUCCCGCGGCCAAAACACCGUCUCCAUCGCCCUCCCUGUCGUCGUCGACGUCGGGUACGUUGCGGACCGGGAACUCACCGCCAGCUUGAAGAGCGCACUCGGCGCCACGCUCACGAUGGCCGACAUUAAAACGAUGGUCAAGGGCGCCGUGAUCGGCCAAUCUUCUCCCUUGAACCACAACGGCCGGGCCACCGCGUUCCAGCUCUCCCUGUCCGGUGAAUCCGUCGACAACCUUCCCUGGAAGUACUUCCACCCCGUGCACAUCCGGGAGCGUCUCAACGAGGAUCACCGCAAGCGUGACACAGCCGAGACCGGCGGUGGCAGCGGUCAGGCGGCAUUGGCUUCCUGGACUACAGCUGCCGACCCAUUGACGGGUCUCAUCGAAGCCCUGAUCACCAAGGUCUCUGCGAUGACUAUGAUCGAGCGAGACGAGGUGGAAGCCGACGCGCCUCUUUCAUCGUAUGGCUUGGACUCUUUGGUGUCUGUUGAACUAAGGAACUGGAUUCGGCGCGAGACGAGCGUGGAGUUGGCGUUAACGACUAUCACUCACGCAGCGAACUUGAGGGCUCUGGCGACGCAUAUCUUGUCGCAGAGGGAGGCGUCGAAGGCUUAG